AUGGCCGUCGACCGCCCCAUCAGCUUCUCCGAACUCCAACAGGUCAGUCACCAUCUGCUGGGUGCUUGGUCGCGUGCUGCAUCACUCUACCAUGGGCUCUGUGUCCAUCUGUGCGCAACAGCUGCCCGACGCAGCCGUGUCCGUCGCGCCUGCGUUGACGCAUCCGCGCUCUCUGGCACCACGUCACACCUGCCCACCACGUCGCACCCCGACACACCCGACACACCCGCGCAACCCCACACUGCACCCCCCACGCGCACAAGCAUGUUGACACUCUAAGAUCAAACGUAUCUUGACCUACAGCUCACCGCGUUGGGCAUCCAACCGGGCUCAAUCGGGUUCGCGACUUUGACGUUGGAGUCGGACCGGUUCAUCUGCGUCCGCGAGGAGGUCAACGGCACCAAGCAGGUCGUCAUCAUCGACCUGAACGACCCGGGAAAUGUGAUCCGGAGACCGAUCUCGGCCGAGAGUGCCAUCAUGCACCCCGAGGAGAAGGUCAUCGCGCUCAGAGGUUAGUCGUCGCGAGAUCGUGUCCCCGUGGUGCUCGUGGUGUCGACCGAGCCCUCCCCCCACCGUCCCCCAGCCAGGAGCGGGACACGUCCCCGCUCUAACCCACUCCCUCGACCGGAUUCUGCAGCUGACCCCGAGUCUAUGCUUGCGAACGGGUCUACAGCCCAACGACAGUUGCAAAUCUUCAACAUUGACCUCAAGCAAAAAGUCACGUCGCAUGCUAUUCACGAGGACGUUGUCUUCUGGAAGUGGAUCUCCAACACCACUUUGGGUAUCGUCACAGAAACCGCCGUCUAUCAGUGCGUCGCACGCGCAUUCUCCUUGUUUGUUGUUGCAUAAUUCAAUCUGACACAUGGCUGCACGCCUUUUACUGCUUCAGCUGGGUCGCGUACGCCCCCGCUUCUGCUCCCGGCACACAGACAGCCCCGGCACCGGUCAAGGUCUUUGAUCGACACGCCUCGCUCCAGGGCAAUCAGAUUAUUAACUACCGCGUCACGCCCGAUGAAAAGUGGCUCGUGCUCGUCGGUAUCUCGUCCAACACGACCAACCCUGCCGGGUUCAAGGUCAAGGGAGCGAUGCAGCUCUACUCGCGCGAGCGCGGCGUCAGUCAACCGAUCGAAGGUCAUGCCGCUAGUUUCGCAGAGUUGAGAAUGGACCGUGCGAGCGACGACACCAAGCUCUUUGCUUUUGCGGUCAGGACCGCGACAGGCGCCAAGGUGCGUUGUGCGACACCGCAUUCCUACGAUUGCGGUCUGACGAGACUGACCCCGAUCUGCCCCUCUCCUUGCUACAGCUCCACGUAGUCGAGAUCGAUCACCAAGCCCACUUGCCCGUGUAUGCCAAGAAGGCCGUCGACGUCUUCUUUCCUCCGGAAGCGACGAACGACUUCCCCGUCGCGAUGCAGGUCUCAAAGCGUUACGGCAUAGCCUACCUCGUGACCAAGUACGGCUUUAUCCACCUCUACGACCUCGAGUCGGGCGCCUGCAUCUACAUGAACCGAAUCUCGGGCGAGACGAUGUUCGUCACCUGCGAGCACACCUCGACCUCGGGCAUCGUCGGUGUCAACCGCAAGGGCCAGGUCCUGUCCGUCACGGUCGACGACGACACCAUCAUCCCGUACAUCCUGCAAACGCUCAACAACACCGAGCUGGCUAUUCGCCUCGCGUCUCGCGCCAACCUCCCCGGCGCCGACGAUUUGUACACGCGCCAGUUCGCGCAGUUGUUCCAGUCGGGCAACUACGCUGAAGCCGCUAAGGUCGCUGCCAACUCGCCCCGAGGCAUUUUGCGAACGAGCCAAACGAUCGAGCAGUUCAAGGGUGUUCCCGUUCCCGCGGGCCAGAUGUCGCCGAUCCUGCAGUACUUUGGUAUUCUGCUUGAGCGUGGCAAGCUGAACAAGCACGAGUCACUCGAGCUUGCACGUCCUGUGAUUGUGCAAGGCCGUAAGCAGCUGCUGGAGAAAUGGCUCAAGGAGGACAAGAUCGAGUGCAGCGAAGAGUUGGGUGACAUUGUUCGUGCGCACGACAUGACCUUGGCGCUUUCCGUCUACCUGCGCGCCAAUGUGCCCAACAAGGUCGUCGCUUGCUUCGCCGAAACCGGCCAAUUCGCCAAAAUUGUCGUCUACUCGAAGCGCGUCAAUUACUCGCCCGACUACGUCUCGCUGCUCCAGCACAUCACUCGACUGAACCCGGACCAAGGUGCCGAAUUCGCCGGCCAGCUCGUGAACGAUGAAUCGGGCCCGCUUGUCGAUGUUGAGCGAGUCGUCGACAUCUUCAUGAGCCAGAACAUGAUACAACAAGCGACGUCGUUCCUGCUCGACGCGCUCAAGGACAACAAGCCCGAGCAGGCGCACAUGCAGACGCGAUUGCUCGAGAUGAACCUCGUGAACGCGCCUCAAGUCGCCGACGCCAUCCUCGGCAAUGAGAUGUUCACUCACUACGACCGGCCCCGUAUCGCCAACCUGUGCGAGAAAGCUGGCCUGUUGCAGAGGGUGAGCAAGAUGCCUUAUUUUUUAGAGAGAGAUGUGAGGCAGAACACUGACUUUGCCAAAUGAGACAGGCUCUGGAGCACUACGAGGACAUCAGCGAUAUCAAGCGCGUGGUCGUCCACACCAACUUACUGCAGGCCGACGUAAGUCCUUUGCUGCCGACAUCUACUUUAUCCCCUGCAACGUCGCUGAUGGUUGAUACUCCGUCAUUUUGACCUUCAGUGGCUCGUCAACUACUUUGGCAAGCUCACAGUCGAGCAAACGCUCGAGUGCUUCAACGAGAUGCUCAAGGUCAACAUUCGCCAGAACUUGCAGGUCGUGGUUCAGGCCGCAACCAAGUUCUCGGAUCUGAUCGGCCCCGUUCGCUUGAUCGAGAUGUUCGAGUCGUUCAAGACGUCCGAGGGCCUGUACUACUACCUCGGCUCCGUCGUCAACCUCAGCGAGGAUCCGGAGGUGCACUUCAAGUACAUCCAGGCCGCGACGCGCACCGGCCAAAUUCGCGAGGUCGAACGCAUCGUUCGCGAGUCGAACUUUUACAACCCCGAGAAGGUCAAGAACUUCCUCAAGGAGGCGAAGCUUGCCGACCAACUGCCUUUGAUCAUUGUUUGCGAUCGAUUCGACUUUGUUCACGAUCUCGUCCUGUACCUCUACCAAAACGGCCUCACGAACUUCAUUGAGGUCUACGUGCAACGCGUCAACUCGGCUCGUACCCCUCAGGUCAUUGGCGGCCUGUUGGACGUCGACUGCGACGAGACGACGAUCAAGGCUCUGCUCGCCUCGGUCACCGGUCCGAUCCCCGUUGAUGAGCUCGUCGACGAGGUCGAGCAGCGCAACCGACUCAAGCUCAUCUUGCCCUGGCUCGAGGCCAAGGUCGCUUCAGGUCAACAGGAAGCCGGCAUCUACAACGCUCUGGCCAAGAUCGCGAUCGACAGCAACAACAACCCCGAACAGUUCCUCAAGGAGAAUAACGCGUACGACCCUCUGAUCGUCGGUAAAUACUGCGAGCAACGCGACCCUUACCUCGCCUACAUCGCAUACGCCAAGGGCUUCUGCGACGACGAGCUCAUCUCGAUCACGAACGACAACUCCAUGUUCAAGCACCAAGCGCGAUACCUCGUCAAGAGGCGACGACUAGAACUGUGGCAGCAAGUCCUCUCGGACGACAACGACCACAAGCGACAGCUCGUCGACCAGGUCGUGGCCACCGCCGUGCCCGAGUCGACCGAUCCUGAGGACGUCUCGGUGACCGUCAAGGCCUUCCUGUCCGCCGACCUCCCCUCCGAACUUAUUGAAUUGCUCGAGAAGAUUAUCCUUGAACCUUCGGCGUUCAGCGACAACAGCAACUUGAAGAAGCUCUUGAUGCUGACCGCGAUCCGAGCCGACAAGGGCCGAGUGAUGGGCUACAUCGAACGCGUCGAGGGCUUCAACGUCGAAGAGAUUGCUGCGAUCGCUACUGAGCACGGCCUCUACGAGGAAGCAUUCACCUUGUUCAAGAAGAAUGACCGACACCUCGACGCGAUGAAUGUGCUCGUCGAGUAUAUCGUCUCGAUCGACCGCGCAUCGCAGUACGCCGCCAAGAUUGACCAGCCCGCUGUGUGGUCCCGACUCGGAAAAGCUCAAUUGGACGGUCUGCGCAUCAAGGACGCGAUCGACUCGUACGUCAAGGCCGAGGAUCCGAGCAACUACGCCGAGGUCAUCGAAACCGCGGAUCGAGCGGCCAAGUACGACGACCUCGUUCGAUACUUGCAGAUGGCUCGCAAGACAUUGCGUGAGCCCGCCAUCGACACUCAGCUCGCCUUCGCGUAUGCACGAACGGACCGCUUGCAUGACAUGGAGGAGUUCCUUGCCAUGACCAACGUUGCCGAUCAGCUCUCGGCUGGUGAGAAGGCGUUUGAGGCUGGCAUGUACGAAGCUGCUCGUCUGCUCUUCACCAGCAUCUCGAACUGGGCUCGCCUCGCGACGACCUUAAUCUACCUCGGCGAAAACCAGGCUGCCGUCGAUGCCGCUCGCAAGGCAGGCAAUACACAGGUGUGGCGACAGGUCAACGCCGCGUGCAUCGACAAGAAGGAGUUCCGACUUGCUCAGAUCUGCGGUCUCAACUUGAUCGUUCAUGCCGAGGAGUUGCAGGCACUCGUGCGCCUGUACGAGCACCGAGGUCACGUCGACGAGCUGAUGGCUCUCCUCGAGGCCGGUCUUGGUCUCGAGCGAGCGCACAUGGGCAUGUUCACCGAGUUGUCGGUCCUUUACGCAAAAUACGCGCCCGAGAGGUUGAUGGAGCACCUCAAGCUGUUUUGGUCCCGAAUCAACAUCCCCAAGGUCAUCCGCGCCACCGAACAGGCCCAUCUCUGGUCCGAGCUCGUCUUCCUUUACGUCAAGUACGACGAAUUCGACAACGCGGCCCUGGCGAUGAUGGAACGAUCGGCCGAUGCCUGGGACCACAACCAGUUCAAGGAGGUCGUAGUGAAAGUUGCCAACAUCGAGAUCUACUACAAGGUGCGUCUUGUCCCUUUUGCUGUGCUGGUGAAGAGAACGUCCGUUAUGGCAAAAACUAACCGGAGCUCUGCGAUCUUACCCAUAGGCCUUGACACAUUACUUGCAAGAGCAACCGAUGCUGUUGAACGACUUGCUGUCGGUGCUCGCGCCUCGUAUCGACCACACCCGAGUAGUCAAGAUGUUCCUCAAGGCGGACGAACUCCCCAUGAUCAAGUCUUACCUCAUCGCCGUUCAAAAGAACAACAUCCCCGCCGUCAACGAAGCCUACAACGAUCUUUUGAUCGAGGACGAGGACUACAAAACGCUGCGGGAUUCGACCGACUCGAACGAUGCAUUCGACGCUCUUGCUCUGGCGACUCGGUUGGAGAAACACGACCUGCUCGAGUUCCGACGACUCGCCGCUCACUUGUACAAGAAGAACGGCAAGUGGGAGCAGUCGAUCUCGUUGUCCAAGCAGGACAAGCUGUUCAAGGAUGCGAUCGAGACCGCCGCGACUUCGAACUCGACAGAGGUUGCCGAGGAGCUCUUGACCUACUUUGUCGAUAUUGGCUCCAAGGAGUGCUACACUGCGACGCUGUACGUCUGCUACGACCUGAUCCGACUCGAUGCUGCACAAUAUCUGUCCUGGAAGGCCGGCUUGAAUGACUUCACAAGUGAGUAACAGUCCACCUUCACACCACAAGCUGCAGCGAGCUGACUUCAGUCUUAACCUUUUUGCAGUGCCCUAUCUCUUGAGCCAAGAACGACAUCGGCACGAGAUGUUGACUUCGCUCGCAAAGCAAGUCAAGGACAUGUCGACGAAGGAGGCCAAGAAGGAGGAACUCGAGUCGUCCGCACCGAUCUUACUCGGCCAGGGCAUGCCGAUGAUUGGCUACGGAGGCGCAUAUUAG